CAGACGUGUGCUCCUGCACUCGACACCGCCUAUCAUCCUGAUGCCAAGGCAUGCGCUCUAAAAAUAACGAGAUUGAUGUAUCACGGAGCGCAGGUUCCAAGUUUACUGACGUUAUGCUUUACGGUGGGGAUUUUAUGUUCAAAUAUUUUUGCCCAAGACGGAAUAGGUUCAACGACCACAGAGCCUUUUUUGUGUCCAUCGGGAUGCAUAUGUCUCUCCUCCAAACAGGUACUUUGCAAUACCGGUGGAUUAAAGGAAAUUCCCACGUACCUUAAUCAAGGAAUAGAAGAUUUAUCACUAUCAAAAAACGAUUUUUCAACAAUUGAAUCAGACGCGUUCAAAGGCUUGCGUCACUUGCGUAAGCUGAGUCUGGACAGCAACAACAUAACGGUGAUAAAACCAUUCGCCUUUCGCGGAUUGACCACGCUAACCGAUUUAUCAAUCCAAUACACCCCUCUCAGCUACAUCGGGCAAUAUUCAUUCGCAACUCUGCACAACGUCACCUUAAUUUUACUAGCCCACAACAGGAUAAAGUACAUCGAGGAGUUUUCAUUCGCCGGAACCAGCAAUAUAAAACUGAUUCUGCUGACCAACAACCCGAUAGUGACCAUCCACAGCAAAGCCUUCUCAGGACUGAACAACGUCGAGCGGCUGAUAUUCCCCUCGGGGAUCCGGACCAUCGAGCCGGACGCAUUUAACGGGCUGUCCAACGUCGGUCUGCUGAAGCUGACCUUCAUGGACCUGACCAGUCUUCUUCCGUAUACCUUCCGUGGGCUCAGCCACGUCCAGCUGCUCAACAUCCAGGAGAGCGACCUUGGGACUAUCAAAGCCGACGCUUUCACAGACUCGGAUCACAUUGACAACCUGUACAUACUCAACAAUAAAAUAGACUUCAUUGAAGAGCUAAAGCUCACUGGUGAUAAUGCCGUCGGCGAACUGAGGUUCCAAGGGAACCACGUGCUCAGGUCGCCUCGAGCUAAGAACACUUGGCUGAAUGUCCACUCGAUUUCUGCCCAGAAUAAUUAUUUUGCCUGCGACUGUCUCAUUCACGAGUUGUUCGACAGCGACUUUACAAAUGGCUCCGUCCAACAGUUUCGUAAAAAUAAUUUCUGCAUAUCACCGUUGGAGUACCAUGGAAGCCCGAUGAGCGAGAUUGAUUUUGAUUUAAUUGCGAGGUGCCAUGAUAAAGUUGUUCAAGAUAAUCUUGGGUCAAGUGCUCCUUCUUUCAUAAGGCAUUUUAUUAUUAUUAUUUCUAUUUUCUACGCCAUCCAGUAA